AUGGACCAGGCGCGGCGCCAGAGCAGCCUGCGGACGCAGGGGUCCGGCAAGUCAUCGUCGCGGCCGGGGUCGGGGGCGCUGGACCCGCGGCCGGCGGAGGAGGUCAUCGUGAGGGUCGACGGGAACGGGAACGGCCACGCCCCGUUCUCCUUCCACGGUGCGGACGGCGGCGGCGGCGGGGGAAGGGCGGGGAAUGCGACCCCCAGCACCAACUCCACGGCGACCACGCCGCGGACGGCGAGCGGGCCGAGAACCAGCGAGACCAGCUCGCCGCGGUCUCCGGCCAAGGUGUGGCGGGAGGGGAGCUACGAGUUCUGGAACAGCGAUGGCGGCGGCGGCAAUGGCGCUGACGGACGCCCAGCAGCCACCGAGGCGUUCAGCUUCAAGAACCGUCAGCCGCAGUCGCCGUCGCAGGUGCCAUCCCCUUCGCUGUCGCCGCAGCAGCAGCCGGCUCCGGCGAGCGCCGCGCCGGAGAGAGGCGCCGUGGACCCGCCCACGCGGCUCAUCGGGAACUUUCUCCGGAAGCAGGCGGCGUCCGGCGGCGAGGUGGCGCUCGACCUCGACCUGGAGAUGGAGGAGCUCGGGAGGGCAGCGCAGCUGCGCGAGCAGCCGUCCUUCUCCAGCUCGCUCGAGCGGGACGCGCGCGUCUCCUUCCGGGAGCCGCAGAAGCGGCGCUCCACGUCGUCGUGCUCCUCCGGUUCCGACACCGACGACGGCCCGAAGCGCGGCGGCGGAGACGACGGCGAGGUGGUUCGCUGCACGUCGUCUUCCACUGCCGCAGGAGCGGGGCCGUUGCUGCGAGCCAAGACGCGCUCCCGGCUCAUGGACCCGCCGCCGCAGUCGCAGCCGGCGCCGGCGCCGGCAACCGCAGCGGCUCCUGUCAUCGACGAGGAGCGGAAGUCUUCGAUCCCGCGGACUCCUACAAAGUCCGGCCAGCUCUUGUCGGGGCUUAUGUCUGGCAAAAAGUCCGGGCCCAUGGGCAAGUCAGGUCCCAUGGACGAGGAGGAGGACGACCCGUUCGCGGACGAGGACAUUCCCGAUGACUUCAAGCGUGGGAAGCUGGACUUUCUUACUGUCUUGCAGUGGCUCGGCUUGUUCCUCGUUAUCGCGGCAUUGGUGUGCAGCGUCACCAUAAGGAUCUUGUCCGAGAAGAAGGUGCUGGGUUUGCACCUCUGGAAGUGGGAGCUCCUCGUGUUCGUGCUCAUCUGCGGCCGUCUCGUCUCCGGAUGGGUCAUGAGGAUUGCUGUGUUCGGCUUCGAGCGCAACUUCUUGCUGCGGAAGCGUGUGCUCUACUUUGUGUAUGGCGUGCGUAGCGCCGUGCAGAACGCGCUCUGGCUCGGUCUGGUGCUCGCCUCCUGGCACUUCAUGUUUGACAAGAACGUGCAGCAGGACUCUCCAGUGCUGCCCUACGUGACGAAGAUACUGUUCUGCUUCCUCGUUGCCACGCUCAUCCGCCUCGUCAAGACAUUGCUGCUCAAGGUGCUGGCUUCGUCCUUCCAUGUCUCCACAUAUUUUGAUCGGAUUCAGGAAGCAUUGUUCAACCAGUAUGUCAUUGAGACACUCUCUGGGCCACCACUAGUGGAUGAGAACCAUGUGCUUCAGGAGGUUCAUGAGCUCCAGCGUGCAGGCGCAACAAUACCGAAGGAGCUUCGAGAUGCAGUGCCAACCAAGAAUGUGUCUGGGCAAAGGAACAUUCAGUUAUCAGGGCUCUUGCCUAAGGGAGAAGGUAGCAAGCAGUUGUCAAAGGAGAACGGGGAGGGGAUCUCAAUUGACAUGCUUCAUAAGCUCAACCAGAAAAACGUCUCAGCUUGGAACAUGAAGAGGUUGAUGAGGAUUGUUCGGUUUGGGACACUAACAACUAUGGAUGAGCAGAUACAGCAGGCAACGGGUGAGGGGGAUGAAUCAGCGACACAGAUACGCAGUGAAUAUGAGGCAAAGAUAGCUGCCAAGAGGAUCUUUAAUAAUGUAGCAACUCCUGGCUCCAAGUACAUAUACUUGUCAGACUUGAUGAGAUUCAUGCGGCAGGAAGAGGCCAUCAAAGCAAUGGAUCUUUUUGAAGGAGCACAGGAGCACAACAGAGUCAGCAAGAGAUCUCUCAAGAAUUGGGUGGUGAAUGCCUUUAGAGAGCGCAAAGCUCUUGCCCUUACACUUAAUGAUACAAAAACUGCAGUGAACAAGCUGAACCAGAUGGCUAAUGUCGUUGUGGGGAUCAUUGUGUUUGCUCUCUGGCUUCUUAUUCUGGGUAUAGCGACAACACAUUUCUUUGUCUUCCUCAGUUCACAGCUUCUCCUGGCAGUUUUCGUGUUUGGGAAUACACUGAAGACAGUUUUUGAGGCAAUUGUCUUCUUGUUCGUGAUGCAUCCUUUUGACGUUGGUGAUCGUUGUGAGAUUGAAGGUGUUCAGAUGGUUGUUGAGGAAAUGAAUAUCAUGACAACAGUGUUUCUCCGAUAUGAUAACCUGAAGAUCUAUUAUCCAAACAGUGUACUUGCAACCAAACCAAUUAUGAAUUUUUACAGAAGUCCUGACAUGGGAGAUGCAGUUGACUUCUCCAUUCAUGUUGCAACGCCUGUGGAGAAACUGGCCCUCAUGAAGGAACGUAUACUGCGUUACAUUGACAACAAGAAGGAACAUUGGUACCCUGGUGCCAUGGUUGUGCUCCGGGACGUUGAUGACACCAACAAGCUGAAAGUAUCAAUAUGGCUCCGGCACACGCUCAACUUCCAGGACAUGGGCAUGAGGUUCGUGAGGCGGGAGCUCGUGCUCCAGGAGAUGAUCAGAGUCUUGAAGGACCUCGAGAUAGAGUACCGGAUGCUGCCGCUCGAUGUGAACGUGCGGAAUGCGCCUCCUAUCCAAUCCACAAGGAUGCCUACAACAUGGAGCUAUUCGUGAGGCAAUGACAUGGCCGGACCUUCCAGCCGUGAGAUUGCAGAUGAGCGACUUACUACGUUCCUCCAUGGAUCUGGUGGUUUUCAGCUGCAUGAUCUUGGCGGCAGCGCGAGUGGUCUAAACUGCAGGCGCCUGGUCGACUAGAGCUAGAGAACAACGGAUUAGCUUGGUAGUGAGCUUAUAGUGUUGCCGCCUGCAGCCUUCACCUGUGCACCCUGUAAUUAUUGUACUCUGUUGCUUGAUUAUAGCUUUCGAUCUGUACCUCGGAUGCAAAAUGGUGGCUGAGAGACGAGUGAUAAUUCAAGAUGGCAAGUAUGGAUGGUACUGCCAUUGUGUACGCGAA